CAUUUGCAGACGGUGACAUGGUGUCCCGCCUACAAGGCGUGGAACCGCGUCUCCUUUUCACGAGGAUUCCACUGGGGACAGAGGGAGAUACCGAGAGCACCAUCGAUGGCCAGGACACGGGGGGAGCUGACACAGAGGUUUAUGCAGCAGAGCUGUGACAGCGACUGACGCUUUCAACAGUUAUCAGUUAGGGUGCUAACUAAAACACGGCCAUGCCUCCCCCAUCUGACAUCGUGAAGGUGGCUAUUGAAUGGCCUGGUGCCAAUGCUCAGCUAAUAGAGAUGGACCAGAAAAGACCUUUGUCCUCAAUAAUUCGGGAAGUAUGCGAUGGCUGGUCUUUGUCUGGCUCAGAGCAGUUUGCCCUGCGUUAUGCUGAUGGUCCUCAGCUUUAUAUCACUGAGCAGAGUCGUGGCGACAUCAAGAAUGGGACCAUUCUUCGAUUAGCAAUUUCUCCUGCUCGUGCUGCUCGCCAGCUCCUGGAGAGGAUCCAGUCCCAUGGCAUCGAUGCUCGCCUCGAGGCUCUGAAGGAGCUCGCCAAGCUCUCCGCAGAUCCAACCUUUGCUGCAGAGUUCAUCAACAUGGAAGGCAUUGGGACGCUGGCUCGUCUUGUGGAGAGCGGCACUCACUUUGGUGAAAUGUUGGCCUUCACUCUCACUGCCUUCCUCGAACUAAUGGAUCAUGGCAUUGUGUCCUGGGACCUUAUCUCAUUGUCCUUCAUCAAGCAGAUUGCGGGCUACGUCAACCAGCCGAUGGUGGACGUGUCCAUCCUGCAGCGCUCCUUGGCCAUCCUCGAGAGCAUGGUUCUGAACAGCCAUAGCCUCUACCAUCGGGUGGCACAGGAGAUCACCGUGGGACAGCUCAUCGGGCACUUGCAAGUGUCAAACCAGGAGAUCCAGACGUACGCCAUCGCUCUCAUCAAUGCUCUCUUCCUGAAGGCACCAGAGGACAGACGGCAGGAGGAGUAUACUAACCCGCUGGAGCAGCACCUCACCGAAAUGGCAAGCUCUUUGGCUCAGAAACACCUGCGCUCCAUCAUCCUCAAUCACGUCAUCAGAGGAAAUCGACCAAUCAAAGCAGAAAUGGCACAUCAGUUAUAUGUGCUGCAGGUGUUGACUUUUAACCUUUUGGAAGAACGGAUGAUGACAAAAAUGGAUCCCAAUGACCAGGCUCAGAGAGACAUCAUUUUUGAGCUACGCAGAAUUGCCUUCGAUGGAGAAAACGACCCCACUGGCACAGAGAAAAGAAAGGCCAUGUACACCAAGGACUACAAGAUGCUGGGCUUCACUAACCACGUGAACCCAGCUAUGGACUUUACCCAGACGCCACCAGGGAUGCUGGCUCUGGACAACAUGCUGUAUCUAGCCAAAGUUCACCAGGACACGUACAUCAGGAUUGUUCUGGAGAACAGCAGCCGAGAAGAUAAACACGAGUGUCCUUUUGGUCGCUGUGCCAUCGAACUUACUCGAAUGCUGUGUGAGAUACUCCAAGUUGGAGAACUGCCUAAUGAGGGCUGCAACGAUUAUCAUCCCAUGUUCUUCACCCAUGACCGGGCAUGGGAGGAGUUCUUCUGUGUCUGCAUCCAGCUGCUUAAUAAAACUUGGAAGGAGAUGAGAGCCACAGCUGAGGACUUCAACAAGGUGAUGCAAGUGGUCCGUGAGCAGAUCACCAGAGCUCUGGCCAUGAAACCGUCGUCCAUAGACCAGCUGAAGACUAAGCUGCGAGGCCUCAACUAUUCAGAGAUUCUGCGUCUGCGGCAGUCAGAACGAAUGAGCCAGGAUGAUUUCCAGUCUCCACCCAUCAUUGAGUUGCGGGAGAGAAUUCAGCCCGAGAUCUUAGAGCUCAUCAAGCAACAGCGACUCAACCGGCUGUGCGAGGGAAGCUGCUUCCGUAAACUGGGCAACCGUCGAAGGCAAGAAAAGUUUUGGUUCUGCAGACUCUCUCUGAAUCACAAAGUGCUGCACUACGGGGACUUGGAUGAGUCACCUCAGGGUGAAGUGCCUUUUGAGCUACUCAGUGACAAGAUCCCCGUCUCUGAUAUUAAGUCUGUGGUGACAGGGAAGGACUGCCCUCAUAUGAAGGAGAAAAGUGCUCUAAAACAGAACAAGGAGGUGCUGGAGUUGGCCUUCUCUGUCCUCUAUGAUCCCGAUGAAACACUUAAUUUUGUUGCACCCAACAAAUACGAGUAUUGUAUCUGGACUGAUGGGCUGUGUGCGCUGCUGGGCAGAGAGAUGGGCAGUGACCUGACACGCAGUGACCUAGAUACUCUCAUCAGCAUGGAGAUGAAGCUCCGCCUCCUCGACCUUGAGAACAUCACGAUCCCGGAAGCGCCGCCUCCUGUGCCAAAGGAGCCUAGCUCAUAUAACUUCACCUACAACUACAGCUGAGAUGUGUGUGUGCGUGCGUGUGUUUGCAAUGCAUGCAUGUGUUUGUCAAGGACGAAUAUGCUCAAUUUUUUGAUGAAUUUAGCGAAUAUGUGGAAAAGGCUACUUUGAUUUUUUAUUUUUUUUUAAACAUUUCAGAACCUUGGAGGCUUUUACUUGUUUGUGAUGCUGGAUAGGAAAGAUAUGUUUUAUCGCCUGAUAGAGAGGUCAGAAGUCAGGGUUUGGUAGAGAAAUGUUCUCCCGGAAGAGCUGAAAGAGAUGAAAUGAGAGAAUCUCAUCUGUCGGAGCAGACUGCAGAUUUUCUCUUCUUGUUGUUUGCCAUAUAAAGGUGGACAUGAACACAGAUGAAAAGAUCAAAAUCUACAAAUGAAUGUUUACAUUUUAGUCCAACUUGAAGCAUGAGACACUUGCCGUUUCCACGGCAACUAAGAACGAAGUAGCCAGUUUUAAAUACUGUGUUCACUCCGAUACUGCCUGCUACUCCAUGUGUACAGAUGUACAGUACAGUGUAAUCACUUCCACACCGUGCUCCUCAUCGUGGUCUUAUUAAUAUUAAUAUAUCUCAUAUGCAAUGGAUUAAUUUAAAAAGAAUUAGACAUGUGAGAAAGCUUGAGAUGUAAGAUGUAUAGCGCAGAAGCAGGUAAUGUGUAACGAUGUUCCCUUAUUCACUUUGUUUUGUUUGUCAUACAUGGGACAAAACGUUUAUCAGUAGGAAUUAUAGCUUUCCAGAGUCCAAAUGAUAAUAUAGAAAAGAGAUGGUGAGGUGUAACUAAAUUUAAAAAAUGUUAUUAUAAAAGACCAGAAAACUGA